AUGACACGGUGGUGGAAGGAAGUGAGAAGUACAAGCACACAGCACAGAGCACGCAGCAAUGGAGUUGUUCCGACGUUUCUGCUUUCUAUUAUGCAUAGCAGGUGCAGCAUGGUCCGGAGCCGGUGCAGACGCCGCCCCGACAGAGCUGGUCAGGACCGCGGGGGAGACGGUCACGUUUCCUCUCGAGAUCCCGGCAGGGGAGACAUUAGAUAAUGUUGCCUGGACGAUUGGCACAGAGGGUCUAGCAACGGUGCUACCAGGAGACCCCCCGAGUGUCGUUGUGUCAGACAGGAACUAUAGGGGCCGCCUGCAUGUCCCCAACGCUGGCCUCGCACUGCACAUCACCGACCUGAGGCCGGAGGACGAGGGGUCCUACACAGCUAAAGUCAACACGGAUAAAAGCCAAUUCACCCGGCUCUUCACACUGCGGGUCUACGAGCGGCUGCCCCAGCCCAUGAUUUACUGUGAUGCCCAGAGCUGUGCAAAUGGGCUCUGUAACAUCACCCUGAGCUGUACCAUCCCCAGCAGAGGCAACAACAUGACCUACCACUGGAGCACCCCACAGCCCCUCAGUAUGACUGCUCAAGGAUCCAUCGUGAUCAUCUCUCACCCAGAUCUUCUGAUAAACGUCACGUGCACAGUGCAGAACCCCGCCAGCAGCAGCUCCACGACGGCCUAUGUCAUGGCCCUUUGUGCAGGAAAUUCCACGAACUCCAUGCAAACUGAUGGACAUUCCUCUUCCACCAUUAUCAUUGUUGUCUGCAUUGCAAUUGCCAUUGGUGUCCUAGGGAUCUGUGGUUAUGUGUUGUACAGGAGGAAGAAGAAAGGUAAACAUAUGAACUUCAAAGGGGAGAGUGAAAAAGCAGUGGAAGAGUCUCAAAGCAACACACUUUAUGCUCAAGUCGGCUUUAAUCCAUCGGCUCCCAAGAAGCCGAAAAGGUCAGGAGAGAAUGGCGGUGUGAACAACGAGAAUACCACGACCAUCUAUGCCACUGUCCAACCCCACAGCCAGGCUGCCAUGCAGACAGAUGAUGAAAAGAUGUGCAAGGAAAACACAACAUCCCCACAUCAGAAGGAGAAGCACAUCAACUGCACCGACGAAAUGCCCCCUGGGACACAAACCCUCCCAAUGCUGUAAUAGCUCUGCCUGGACAUGCAAGAGCAUACCAGAACAAGACAGCCUACAUACCAGCCGGGAAAACGGAUACAUGCAACAAUGAACACGGCCAAGAUUCAUUUCCAGCUAUAUGCUUUAUCUGCCUCAAAUCAAUAAAGACACUCAGAAAAUCCAUCCAGAACUUCACAGGACCUGUUUUGCCUUCCUGUGACCUUUGUAUGAAAACAAAUGGUUAUGCAGCUUUUAAUUGGGUGUCCUAUGGUACCAUCAUCGAGCGGAGAGCAGGCCUGGAAAGAGAAGGUGUAGGACGGUUUGUAUUCUCCCGCUGUCGCCAGAAGAGGGAACAUUACUGGGGCAGAGAGACUGAAGGAAUGAGAAAAAUGACAUGUGGAGGAAAGAUGAUAGUCCUCCAUGCAAGCCACAAAAGGCAUGUGUGACAGGCAGUACAAUGGACAAGAGGUACAGAAGGACUCUGCUCACUUUUAUGGAGACUUUUUAUCAUUUUUAUUAAUUUGCUGAUAAAUCUGGCUGCUCCGCUCCACUCUAACAGUGAAGAAGUUUCCAGAUAUCCAAUCUAAACCCACCUUGCUGCAGCUUCAAGCCAUUAGCUUAUGUCCUCUCUGCAGCAAGAGAGAAAAAGCUGCUUUCCCUCUUCUUUAUGGCAACCCUUCAUGUAUUUGAAGACUGAUAUCAUGUCCCUUCUUAAGUGCCUUUCCAGCAGCUGAAUGUGCCUCUCCUUGUAUGAUUUAUCUUGCAAGGCCUUGAUCAUCUUGGUCAUCUUUCUUGCUACCUCUGGACCCUCUCAAACUUUUCCAUGUCCUUUUUAAAACGUGGAGCACUGAACUGCACGCCAAAUGCAGAUGAGGCCAGGUAGAGAGGCACGGUCACCUCCGGCGAAUUGCACCAAAUGCUUCUAUUGAUGGAGCCCAAAACCCCAUUUGCAUUUUGUGCAGCUGCAUUGUAGUGCAGACUCAUAUUGAGCCUGUGGUCUACCAAGACUCUCAAGUCCUUUUCCCUAGAGCUGACAUCCUGCCCGGUAUCUCCUAUUUUGCACCUGUGUUUUCAAUUAUUCCCCCAGAGAUGCAGCCCCUUCAUUUGUCCACAUUGAACCCCAUCCAGUUAGCUCUAGCUCAGCUUUCCUAUCUGUCGAGAUCCUUCUGAAUUGCACUCACAUCCUCCCCCGCAUUCACCAUCCUCCCCAGUUUCAUGCUGUCUGCAGACUUGAAGCUUUCUAUGCCACCAUCCAAAUCAUUAAUAAACACAUUGAAUGACACUGUGGUCAGGACACAGGGCCAGGCUUAGGUCCCAGCUCUUUCAUCAGCAGAUGCUAACGUCCUUGCACUUAACCUGUUACCCUUCCCAGACCCCUGCCCUUGAUUGCUGCCCCUGUCCAACUGGUCAUUUGUGUCUCUGACUGCCUGGCUGUUUUGAAUGGAAGCACUGGGAUAGACUGAACACAUCAUGUUUGGCCCGGUGGGGGGGCACAGAUAUUAGCAUCCCCAUUGCACAGAGCGCUGAAUAUCAAAAUGUCAAGGGCUCAGCACCCCAAGAGCCACUAGGUAUCAUCAGUGGGACAGAAAUCAUCUAGGUCUGCACUGCCAGCACCCCAUCUCAGCCCUGUUAUCUAACUAAAAAUGCCCCUAAGCCAAUGCACUUGACCUGUUUGCUUGUUACCUUUGUAAAAGCAACACACGUAUCCGUGCUCCUAUGUCACGAGGGUCCCUGGGUUUACACUAUUACCUAGAGACCAAUUUCUGCAUUAGGGGCUAUCAAUAAAAGUAAAAUUGUGUUAUUUAA